AUGCUGAAAUAAUAAGAUCAAUAGCAGGAUGGAUUUGUUAGUUUUAUGUUAGAAAAGGAAGAUUCUUAUGUAAUGAAUCACAGUGAGAAUCCUAUUAAAAAUAACAAAGAUGAGGACUAUUAUAAACAAUUAAGUAGGUAAUUUUAUGGCCAGAAAAGUGAAGGUAAUGUAGUCAUAUGCCUAAUAAAGUAGUGAAAUUGGCGCCGAAGAUCGAUCCUGCAAUGUUAAAAUAUAAAAUUGUAUCUCGUACUUUCAUCACCAAUUCAGAGAGACAGAAACCUGCAAUCUCAGUUCCUACAAUCAGUGAAUAAUUGUAAUAGGUAUAAGUUUAUUGUAAUAAUUCCUUUUCCUAUUAUAGUAGAUCUAGAAACUCUUAUCGUCAAGCAAACCUCAAUUCUAGAGUAGCAUCCAAAGCACUUAAAAGAAAAGCGUUCAUUCUACAUAAAAAAUAAAUAAAAUUAAAAAUUUGUAUAUGUAAUAAUAGCCAGCAAAAUUUAAUAUUCCUAUUCCAAUCAAAAAAAUGAAUAUUCUUGGACCUCGAACUUAUCGAUUAAGAAUUGAAGAAUCGGCAGAUCAAUUUAAUCAAAUUACUCUAAAUUCAUAUAGAAGCACAUUAAACAGUAGCACCAAAAGCAUUGCAAAAUAAGAUAGAAAUACAGAUAAUUGUUAUCCUAUCAAAUUGUAAACCUAAUUACGAGAAGAUAACUCAAGUAAUGUAUUUAAAAUAUCAUUUCGAAAUAAAUAUUGA